AUGUGUGGAGACACCAACCGCCCAACAUUCGGAGGCACCAUUGCCGUCCUAUUCCCCCGAGGCACUCACCAGAGCUCGAACACUUCAGAUAGAUCAUUGUCCUCGUCACCAGAAUCAGUAUCCUCAUUUGCAUCAUCAUCGUCGAUUGCCUCGAUGUCAUCAUACUCUCUUUUCUUCCGCGACACGGAUGCAACAACGCCCAAGACAAGAGCAAUCUUCCGGACACAAGACGCAGAGACAUAUCACGCACUCAAAGAAUGUCGAAAUGUCGAUAUGCGCAUCGAGAAAUUCGGCGAUCUCUCUAUUACAUCACAAUCCAUCUCUCCGCUCCACCAGUUCCGUUUGAAUAUGGGACAGGACAAGAACUGCAACACGGCGAAUCCGAUGGAGAUCGAGUUCGAGCUGCCCGAAAGGCUGGACCUGGGCGUCUCGGACAAGGGUGUCAUCGGCCGACAGGUGACUGUCAGAGAGCAGGGGGGUUCGAUUUUGGGGAUCGGAGUGGUGGGAUACAACUAA